AUGGCGCAAGUCCAGCAGGGUGCGGAACUCCUCGACCGAAAGCUUUCCGAGCUGGAGAAGCUCUGCAGGUACCAUUGCAGCAAUCGGCGCUGCCCAGAACGACGUAAGUACAACGGCGUGACGGACAACGCGAGUUUGCCGUGUGUUUGGCGAUGCUACAGAGGCGAACUCGACGUCACCCGAGAUGGAUGGAAGGAUUCAACUCCACGACAGAUUUUUGAUUCCAACGUUAGCAGCAUUGCCGAAGAUGAGGACGAUAUCCGCAUCGCAGUGCAUUGUGCCACUUGCAGGAAGAAGCUGUCUGAAAUAUCAGCACAGUGCACAGUUCACAAGCUCUACCACGACUUGCGCAAUUACAUCGUGAACGACAAGUCGCAGCCGCUACUGUUUGUUCCCGGAAGGACGAACGAGGAUGUUCCCCAUGAUGCAAGAGGAGUCUGUGAGCUCACACACCGCCCGGCUGUGGACGGUUUCGUUGCGAAUCGUUUGACGCCAAAUGUCGCGGCGAUUGCCAUGUCGCUCCAGCCGGGGCAUGCCCUGCACAAGAAACUGAAAGAGAAGGGGACGUUGGCCCUUCGAAAGUUUGGUGACUCGAACAUGACCUACAUCAGAAUCGGCCUGGGCUUGCACGAUCUGGGUCUAUACAAUGCCGUUCUGGACAUUUGGCCCAGAAAUUACAGAUCUCCAAUCCACCAUCACGGAGGCUCUGCGGGCAGUGUGCGGAUUCUCCACGGUGUCCUAAACUGCAAGUUCUUCGAAACCGUGCUGGACACAGACCCCAUAGAGUUCACAGGAAAUGAUGGGCGGCUUGAAUUAGGAGUCGAGAAGAAGACUGUGCUUCAGCUGAAAGCAGGAGACACAACCUGGCUGAAUCGACAGAAUUGGUUUGUUCAUCAGUUUGAGUGCCACGAGGAAUGCACGUUCGCAAUGUCGGUGCAUCUUUACAUGGACUGCACGGACGCUUUUGCAGUUGUGCAAGGGCCCGCCGGAGAGGAGAACCAGCUCCAAAGAGUGGAGUCCUUAGAGAAGCAGGCCAUCAUCAACGGCUGUCCGAACAUCGACUUCUUUUGGAACAUCGACCUACCUGCUGAAGAUCCGCGGGUGAUGGAGGUCGGGGGUCCUUGCGGUCCCCAUGACUUCGAGACCGCCGUACUGCAUCAGGACGACUCGUCUGACGACUGUUUCUAUGACGUACGAAGCAGCCUGUCGGACGGAGACGGAGAACGCAUGCAGAUGGAGAAAAGAAUCAAGGCGCUGGAAGAGGAUGCUACCAAGAGGCAGAAAGAAGUCUCCACCCUGGUGCACAUGCUCAUGUGCAAGAACAGAGCGCUGGACUUGGGGCAGAACGACAUGAGAAGCUGGAGGGAACGGCGUGAGUGCCUGCUGGAAGACAUCUAUCACGGGAUGAGCACGCCCGGCGAGCCGCGCGAAAGGCGGCAAAGCGUCGGUGGAUCUGCCGAAGAAGCCAUCCAGGGAGAGCGUGUUCGCAGGAAGACACAGGCCGAGUCCGGCGGCGGCUUCAUGAAGCGGGCACUCGAUGGCUUGGGUCUCUGA